GUUUGUCUCUACAAGAGCAUGGCAUAUUAAAGAGAGUGUAGUGAGUAAUGUACUUGCUAGGAACUGUGUUUUCACGCAUCUAACGAUGAAAUCCAUUCGACGUGCGCGGUGAAAAUACAGCUCGCUGACAUUCUUCAGUAUGUCGCAGGAGGAAGCAGGCUUAUAAUCGAAGGUGAACGGGUAUUCAAAGCCAACCAUCUGCUUCUCGUGGGAGUUCAAACUGUGCAUGCGGACGGCCUAUCCGUGUUUGCAACUUGCUUGAAAUCAUCUUCACCCAAGUCAGACCCACACAAAAUUUCUAUCCGGACCAGGCCGGUAUUUCAAAAUUGGUCCUUGCAUUGCUCAUGUAAGGCCGGGAUGGGAAAGUGUAAGCACGUCAUGGCUGUUUUAAACCACCUAUUAAUGUUUCCUUCGAUUCCUUUACUAACUACAACAGACGUGCAGCAGAAAUGGGGUAAAAUUGCCGAAAAAGUUGUUAACUUCAUUCUGCAAGAAGUCGAAGAUAACCGAAAAUCCGUCUCAAGCUCAUACUUCUAUGGCAUCGGCUGCUGCACCAAUGGAUUUAACUAGAGAAGAAAAGGCCAAUAUUCUCCAUAUUUUUGUAGAUAGUUUCCCUGAAAGUAAUUUAGCAUAUGAAAUGAAAGGACGACCGGAAAUAAGAAAAAAAGAGAAAAUGUAUGGAACUGAGAAUGAAUCGAAUGUUUUGCAUAACCUGCUUGGUUUAGAUGGACAGAAUAACUUGUCAACUGUUUCGAUGGUGUCAUUGAUUUCCGUUGAAGAAGACCUAGUAUCCUAUUUGCUGAAAUCGUUUUUAAGGAGAUCAUUUUCUUCGGAUAAUUUCACGAUGAUUGACAAUGAAAUAAUGAAAUUCGUUGGCCCACUGGAAGAGAACUUGCAUCUUUAUUUCGAAGUAAACGUGAACGUUUCAGAACACGAAUCAUUUAAUAUUUGUACAGAAACUGUCAACCAGAGUACGUCAUCGAAGUGGAAAGAAGAGCGUGCUCGUCGGAUCACUGCAUCUAGGGCUUAUUUUUUGUAUACAUAUUAUAAAACUCAACCCGAAAAAGUCAAGGAUUGGAAAAGGAAAAUAAUGAGUAUGGUGAUACCUAGACAUGUUUCAACACCUGCAAUUGAACAUGGUCUCCGAUGUGAAAAGCAAGCAGUAGCAGCAUAUGAGCGAGAUUUCGGAAAAGACGUUCUGAGAUGUGGUUUUGUUAUACCUCCUCAUAUACCAUGGUUGGGGUGUUCUCCAGAUGGAAUCAUUGUCGAUGAAGAAAAAGUGAUCGAAAUCAAAUGUCCGGAAGCCGGUAAACAUAAAUGUUUGAACGAUUUCAUUGGCGAGCUUCCCUAUCUCACGAAGCUCUCAUCUUUAAGGAAAAGUCAUGCGUACUACGCUCAAGUCCAGCUAAAUAUAUUCAUUUUAAAAUGUAAAUCAGCAGAUUUUUUAAUUUAUUCAGCAUAUGAAGAUAAGUGUUACGUCCAAGAAAUCAAAUUUGACGCGGAAUACGUUCGAUCAUUGAUGGCAGUACUGAAAGAAGUUUAUUUUAAUGUUUUUCUUAAGUACUUAUAUUAUGCUACUUUUGAGGGUUAA